AUGCAUGUGGUAGCAUCCUUGGUUUGGAACCGUAUUUCAAGCUCAACCCAACUCCAAACCAUCUCAAACAACUCUGACCCAUCUCAAACAACUCCGAACCAUCUCAAACAACUCCGAACCAUCUCAAACAACUCCGAACCAUCUCAAACAACUCCGAACCAUCUCAAACAACUCCAAACCAUCUCAAACAACUCCGAACCAUCUCAAACAACUCCGAACCAUCUCAACCCAACUCCGAACCAUCUCAACCCAACUCCAAAUCAUCUCCACACUCCUCCAAACCAUUUCAACCCAACUCCUAAGCAUCUCAACUCAACUCAGAAGCAUCUCUACACAACUCUGAGCCAUCUCAACCCAACUCCGAAGCAUCUCUACCCAACUCCGAUCCAUCUCUACCCAACUCCGAUCCAUCUCUACACAAAUCCAAACCAUCUCUACACAACUCCGAACCAUCUCAACCCAACUCCAAAGCAUCUCAACACAACUCCAAAGCAUCUCUACACAACUCCGAACUAUCUCAACCCAACUCUGACUCUGACCCAUCUCAAACAACUCCGAACCAUCUCAAACAACUCCGAACUAUCUCACAUCUCACACAACCCUAACAACAACAACAAUGCCCCCAACUCGCUCAUCAGGCCGAAACACUCGAUCUUCUUCUUCACUAAAAUCAUCAACUACCAAACAAAAUUCAAACUCCAAGAAGAGAAAAGCACCCAGACCUUCUCCAACCAAGAAAAACUCGUCUAG